AUGGUGGGAGUUAUCGGCUCUGUUGGUCUUUUUGAUGAGCUUGUGGAAAAGUGGAGCUCGUACACAGAGCGGUUCGGCCAUUUCGUGGAAGCUAACGAAAUAGUGGAAGAGAAAGUGGUGCCCACGUUUUUGAGCGUUAUUGGGCCAAAGACUUUCAAUUUACUGAGAAACUUGCUUCAACCCGAUAAACCUGGUAGUAAAACGUACAGGGAAAUCGUGGAAACUCUUAAUGGACAUUUUUCACCCAAGCCCCUUGUGAUAGCAGAGAGAUUCCGAUUUCAGAGGAGAAAUCAGGAAGAGGGGGAAUCUGUCACUAUGUUCGUAGCGGCGCUGCGGAAGUUGGCUGAACAUUACGGUUCUUCACAACUACAAGUCAUACUGGACAAGAAUGAAGAGGUUUUCCGUGAGGAAUUGGGCAGCAUGAAGGACAUUACAGUGAAAUUGCACAUUAAACCAGGAAGCAAACCUGUGUUUAUGAAGGCUAGGACAGUGCCGUAUGCUAUUCGUGACAAAGUCGAGGCUGACCUGGAUGCGUUGGUCAAAAGUGGGGUUUUGGAACCAGUCACCACCAGCGAAUGGGCGACACCAAUUGUGCCGGUUCCGAAAAAGAAUGGCGGAAUUCGCACAUGUGGCGAUUUUAAAGUGACUUUGAAUCCGGUGCUUUGUGUGGAGCAGUACCCACUUCCAUUGAUCGAUGAUUUGUUUGCAGGUCUGAGCGGUGGUCAAAAAUUCAGCAAAAUUGACCUCAACCAAGCGUAUCUGCAGAUGCAUGUGGAUGAAGAAUCACGGGAGUGGCUGACAAUUAACACGCACAAGGGACUUUUCAGAUAUUGCAGAUUACCUUUUGGCAUCACAUCUGCUCCUGCUCUGUUUCAACGGGCUAUGGAUCAAAUUUUGAGUGGAUUGCCAGGAGUACAAUGUUACUUGGAUGACAUUCUCUGCACCGGUGCCAACGACGAGGAGCAUCUUCGCAACCUGGAUGCUGUCUUAAAAAGGCUAAGGCAGUAUGGUCUUCGAGUGCGCAAGGAAAAAUGUGAAUUUUUGAGACCAUCGGUGGAGUAUCUCGGGCAUGUGAUAGACCACGAAGGACUACACAAGGCUCCAUCAAAGACAAAGGCAAUUGUGGAUGCACCCGCCCCAGAAAAUGUGAGUCAACUUAGAUCUUUUUUAGGUCUAUUGAACUAUUAUGGACGGUUUAUUCCCAAUUUGGCAUCACUUCUUAAACCAUUGCAUGAGCUGUUGUGCAAAGAUGUAAAAUGGAAAUGGACGAAUGAGUGUAACAAAGCUUUUCGAAAUGCGAAAAACGCCCUGAUUUCAUCAGAUGUUCUCACUCAUUUCAACCCUUCAUAUCCAAUACAGCUGGCAUGUGAUGCUUCACCCUAUGGGGUGGGUGCUGUCAUCUCCCAUGUGUUCCCGAACGGAGAUGAAAGACCAAUUGCUUUCGCAUCGAGAACACUUAACAAAGCAGAGUCAAACUAUGCUCAAUUGGAACGAGAAGCAUUGAGCAUUAUUUUUGGUGUGAGGAAGUUCCACCAAUAUUUGUAUGGAAGGAAGUUUACUCUGUUAACGGAUCACAGACCACUGACAACGAUUUUGGGACCUCAUGCAGGAAUCCCUUCACUGGCUGCUGCACGUCUUCAGAGGUGGGCUUUGUUGUUAUCAGCUCACUCAUACGACAUCAAGUAUCGUAAAUCUGAUUUGCAUUGCAAUGCUGAUGGACUUUCGAGGUUGCCGCUUCCUGUCACAAAACAUGAACCUACCUCAGUGGACAUAUUCUAUUUCCGAAAUGUUGAACAUGCACCAAUUUCAGCGUUGCAAGUAAAACGUGCAACUCGGAACGACCCCGACCUGUCAGUCGUCAUGGAGAUGGUAAUUAAAGGACAAACCAAGUGUGAGAACACCGCUCUCAAACCUUUUUUGGAUAGGAGGUGGGAACUUGCUGUUCAAUCGGGUUGUUUGCUGUGGGGGAGGAGAGUGAUUGUGCCACAGUCAUUGUGUGCUAAAAUGCUUGCGCAACUGCAUGCAGGUCACAAUGGUAUUGUUAAAAUGAAAGAAAUGGCAAGAAGUUAUUUUUGGUGGCCAGGAUUAGAUAAACAGAUCGAAGAGACGGUAAAAAGUUGUUCAUCUUGCCAGAAGAUUCGCAACAAUCCACCUGCAGCCCCACUUCAUCCUUGGGAUUUUCCUCAGGACCCUUGGCACCGCAUUCAUAUUGACUUUGCGGGGCCUUUUGAAAAUCGAAUGUUUCUGGUUGCUAUCGAUGCCCAUAGUAAGUGGCCAGAGGUAGCUAUCAUGAAAUCAACCACAUCGGAAAAGGCAAUUGAGAAGUUAGGGGAGAUGUGUAGUCGUUUCGGAGCCCCUGAACUCGUCUCAGACAAUGGCCCCCAAUUUGUGUCAAAAGAAAUGGUUGAAUUCCUGCAAGCCAAUGGGGUUCAACACAUUAAGUCGGCUCCCUAUCACUCGGCAACCAACGGCCUGGCAGAGAGGUUUGUGCAGACCCUCAAACAUGCUCUCAAAGCAUCACAAGGGCAAAGUACACUCCAUCAGAGACUACACGAAUUUCUCCUCAAAUACCGAACAUCUGUGCAUGCAACUACCAAAGUAUCGCCAGCGAGCCUCAUGUUUUCUCGAGAGAUACGAACUGGCAUGGAUCUUCUGAAAUCACCAACCCUGAGUGAGAUUGUUCAAAUGGAUCAACGGAAGCAAGUCAAGUACAGAGACCUGCAUUCCAAGAACCGAGUUUUUGCACCUGGUGACUCUGUUAUGGCCCGGAGUUACCAGACCAUCCCCAACAAUAGCAAUACCAGGAAAAAAGAACACGAGAAACUAGAGAACUACAAAUGGCUCAAGGAAGAGCUGGAGAGAGCCUGGAAGGUGAACGCAGCAGUGGUGCCCGUGGUCAUAGGAACACAGGGGACUGUGUCCGCCACACUGGAGAAGUGGCUCCAGCAAAUACCUGGAGUAACAUCAGACAUCCCCGUCCAGAGGAGCGCAGUCCUAGGAACAGCAAAGGUACUGCGCAGGACCCUCCGCUCCCAGGCCUCUGGUAGAGGACCCAAGCUUGAGAUGAACAGCCACCCAAGAGAGGGAAGAGUUUUAUAUACAGAGAAAAGGCUGAACAAGGCGAGCUGUGGUAAGGAGAAACGGGGGCUGAAAAAGAUGAUGUAA